GGGGCUUGUUGUACGUCCUAAUCCAUGAGUAAAGCUGGCAGUAGAAUGGAAUGCAGAAUUUAGAAGUUAGAUUGAAGUUACUGUCAAGAGUUCAGGAGCAGAUUUCCUUUCCAAUAACUCACAUAUACCUGCAUUCAACGACAAACCAUAAAGAGCACAAAACUUGAAAUCUAGGAUUAGAGGAUUAAUAAAACAUGAAUAUGAGUGGUGGUUCAGAGGCAGCCAGAAAUCUCGAGGAAAUGAUUCAACUUACUGCCCAGAGCCUAAUCAGAAUGGAGAUAGCUGAUCACUAUAAAGUCGUUAAAGAACUUGGAAAGGGAAAAUAUGGGCAAGUGACACUAGUUAUCCAUCGACAGAAAGGGACACCCAUGGCAUUAAAACUCCUUCCAAAGACAAGCACAAAACAGCACCACUUCCUAUAUGAAUACUGUAUUGCUCUUUCUCUCUCAGCUCAUCCUAAUAUCAUUGGAAUGUACGGUAUAGCAUUUGAAUCAACACAGCAUUACGGUUUUCUCUAUGAAGCUGCUCUGCAAAGGGAUUUGAUAUCCAUCAUAAAGCCUAGAGAAGGAGUGCCGGAACCAGCUGCUAAGCAGUGUACCAAGCAGUUAGUCAGCGCACUUGAUUUCAUCCAUAGUCGUGGAUUCGUCUAUAGAGAUGUGAAACCAGAAAAUGUUCUGAUUUUUGGCAGAGACUGCGAGAAUAUAAAGCUUACAGACUUUGGCUUAACUCGCCCAAGAGGCACAAUGCUGAAACUUGUAUCUGGAAUCAUCCCGUAUACUGCACCAGAACUAAGUAAUACACAAAAUGGUGAAGGGAUGCCAAUCGAUUUCACCCUUGAUGCUUGGGCAUUAGGUGUGCUUCUCUUCUGCCUGAUGACAGGAUACUUCCCAUGGGAGAAAACCCUUCGCUCUGACCCAUUCUUUGAAGAUUUUAUUCUUUGGCAGGAAACUGGCAAUACUGAAGAUUUAUCCCGGCACUGGAAAAAACUAACAACAGAGGCUAUGGAUAUGCUAAGCAAAUUAAUGAGUUUGAAUCCAUUACAGAGAAGCUCGGUUAGCAAGGCAUUGUGGUACUUAGACUAUGCAUGGAGAGUGGACAACUGGAAAACAUUAGAAGAAUUCGAUUAAUAUGAUAAAACAUUUCAUAAAUGUGCAUGGGUUGAAAAGGAAAAGUAAAAGAGAUGUUACUUUCCUAUGUCACUAAUAUUUUUGAUUUUGUUGAUUUAACCACAAUAAUACCUUUUUGUUUAUACUUUUCUCCUUUUUUCUGUUGCCAGCAAUUAGUAACCACAAUAAGUCCAUUCAUCUGUGGAGUUAUAUAUGUUUCAAUAUAUUCUAGCGUUUUCUACAAAUACGCAGUGCUGUUCCAAGGGGCGGAUU